AUGCCGCCGGAGCCAUUGCCGCCUUGGGAACGGAGAGACUUUCGGAAGCACGACCCCCGCCUUGGUGAAGGAUACGUGGGCGGCGGCGGCCCUCCUAGAUGGAGAGACCAGCACCACCCUCAUCCGCCGCCUUUUCACUCGCUGACGUCACAUCCCUACCAUCUUCAGCAGCGCUGGUACUCCGAUUUCCGCUCCCGCCCACAACCCCCUGGUCACGGUAAGCAGGGGAGCUGGCACAUGUAUGCUGAAGAGUCUCAUCAUGGGGUUCUGCCAUUUGGGUCUUGGUUUGGUGACAUGAAGUUAGAUGACGGGAAUUAUAGGCCUUUUGUGUCUCGUGGUGAUGAAAGGUAUUUCAGAAAUAGCAGGGGAAAUAGGGGUUCUGGUAGUCAGAAAAGGAAAAGUAACUCUUCGGAACCUGCUUCAUCUUCGGCUGUGUCCAGUAGACCCGCCAAUUAUGUGAACAGGCAGAAGUCUGAAGAGAAUUUGCGAACACACAGCAGCAACAAUAGUAACAACAACUCCCGUCCUCUUCCUGACUCUGUGAACUCAUUGGCUGAAAAUCCAUCUCUUAUGAAAGAUCGGCAUGAUAAGAAGGGUGACAAUGUUGAUGCUUCAGCCAGCAUGUUUCAGAAUGUAGAGAAAGAGGACUCGGUGGUGUCAAUAGAUUGGAAGCCUCUGAAAUGGAAUCGGUCAGGUAGCUUGUCUUCCAAGGGGUCUGGUUUCAGCCAUUCAAGUAGCUCCAAGAGUGUUGGAGCCUACUCCAAUGAGACUCUGGUGGAGGUGCAGCUGAAGAAUGUGAUGUCUGUUCAGUCUCCUUCUGGGGAUGCUGCUGCUUGCGUGGCAUCCACUGCUCCAGCUUUAUCUGAAGAGUCUAAUUUAAGGAAGAAGCCACGCCUUGGCUGGGGCGAGGGAUUGGCAAAAUAUGAGAAGAAGAAAGUUGACGGCCCUGAAGAUGGUACAACCAAAAAUGGAUUGGUCAUUAUUGUUAACAAUACAGAACUUCUGCAGUCUCAUUCCAUCAACCUGGUAGAUAAGAGUCCUAGAGCUGCAUGUUUAUCAGAUUUUGUCUCCCCUGCUACGCCAUCUUCGGUUGCUUGUAGUUCAUCACCAGGUAUCGAGGAGAAACAAUCCAUCAAGGCAGCAAAUGUUGAUCAUGAUUCAACUAAUUUAAACCAUUCACCAAGGAUUGUGCCCCAGACUUACUCCAAAGGACCAAUUUUUAAUUUAGAAAACUUGGAGCCUGCAUCUAUUUCUAAUUUAAGCUCUUUGAUUAAUGAUUUAUUACAAUCUGAUGAUCAAAGUUCAGAAAAUACUAGCUUUGUGAAAUCUACUGCUAUGAAUAAGUUGUUGGUGUGGAAAGUUAACAUGUUAAAAGCUGUUGAGAUGACUGAAACUGAGAUCGAUUUACUUGAAACUGAACUGAAUUCAUUGUUAUAUGAACCUAAAAAUUUCUCUCCUUAUCCAACGGAGUCAAAUUCACUGCCAGGAGAGGGACACUUUGAACCUUGUGGAGACCAAGUUGCUGUUUCAUCCGGAGACAUGAUUGUAGAGAAUACACCCAUUGUACUGGAAGACGAGCACGCUGAGUUGAAAGACGAGGAUAUGUAUAGUCCAGAUAGUGCCACAUCUAAGUUUGUUGAGGCACCAUCCUUUGUGGAGGAUGUUUCACCGUCUGAUACAGGAGAACUUAGAGAAGGGUUUAUGAAUUCUGAGGUUAUUAAUUCUAGAAACCUGGAAGUGGAAUGCAUAGAGAAUGGACUCAAAGAUGAAACAAUGGAAGGUCAUGCAGAUGAUUCUGGACCAAUCAUGAGUAGUAAUUGUCCAACCUUUUCAAGUGGUUGCAACUUGUCUUGUGGCAGAGAGGAGAUUUAUGAUCUUAUACUUGCUUCCAACAAAGAUUCUGCAAAUAGGGCUUCAGAAGUGCUAAAUAUGUUGUUGCCUGCCAAUCAGUGUAAAUUUGGUGUUUCAACUAAUGCUAGUGUUUCUUAUUUGCAAAGUGAUCCCCCCAUGAUCGUGAAGAAGAAGUUUCUAAAGAGGAAGCGAUUUUUACAGUUUAAGGAGAAAGUAAUAACCCUCAAACAUAAGGUGCUUGAGCGUAUGUGGAAGGACGAUCUUUAUGUUACUGCAAGGAAAAUUCCUAAGUCUCACAAGAAGUUAUAUCCAAGGAGGUAUCGUCCCUCCAGUGGAUCUCAAUCUUCAUCUCCUGCGAAGAAUCUGUGCUUGGUGCCUACAGAAGAAGUAAUUGAUUUUGCACGGGCAUUGCUUUCGAAUUUUCAGGUCAAAAUCCACAGGAGUACAUUGAAUAUGCCUGCUUUAAUAUUGGACAAGAAGGAGAAGGUGGUAUCGAGGUUUAUCUCGACUAAUGGUUUGGUGGAAGAUCCUUGUGCUAUUGAGAAAGAAAGAUCUUUUAUCAACCCUUGGACAUCUGAAGAGAGGAAAAUUUUCAUGGAUAAGCUUGCUUCCUUCGGGAAAGAUUUCCGCAAGAUCGCAUGUUUCCUGGAUCACAAAACAACAGCAGAUUGCAUUGAGUUUUACUACAAGAAUCACAAGUCGGAUUGUUUUGAGAAAGCACCAAAGAAUCCUGACUUUCUGAAGCAAAGAAAGUCCCAACCUACUAACACAUACUUGGUUGCAUCAAGGAAAAGAUGGAAUCACGAAUCUAAUGCAGCUUCCCUUGAUAUAUUGGGUUCAGCUUCAGAAAUUGCAGCUAAUGUAGAUUACGGCUUGGAGAUUCAGGAGAAGUGCACAUCUACUUUCUUUUCAGGUGCGUCUAGUGCUCACAAAGAACCGAGGGAUGAUGAUAAUUCGUUGGAAAGAUCGAGCGGUCUUGAUAUCUAUCAUAAUGAGAGAGAAACUUUUGCUGCUGAUGUGUUAGCCAGUAUCUGUGGUUCCCUAUCAUCUGAAGUUAUGAGUUCUUGCAUUACAAGUUCUGUUGACCUAGGAGAAGCCCAUCAAGAUUGGAGGUAUCUGAGGGUGGGUUCUUCCACGAAGUGUUCUUUUACCCCUGAGGUUACACAGAAUGUUGAUGAUGAGAGCUCAGAUGAAAGCUGUGGCGAGAUGGAUCGUACUGCUUGGUCUGAUGAAGAGAAAGCCCUCCUUAUUCAGGCUGUAUCGUGUUAUGGCAAGGAUUUUACAAUGAUAUCACGAUGUGUCAGAUCAAGAUCCAGGGAUCAGUGCAAGGUCUUUUACAGCAAGGCCAGUAGGAUUCUUGGAUUGGAUCUGAUUCAGCCUGGACUGUGCAAUGCAAUGCCUUAUGAUGUUCAUGGAGAUGGAAGUGACACUGAAGAUGCUUGUGAUGUGGAGACUGGCUCUGUUAAUUGCAGUGAGAGAUCGGGAUGUAAGAUGGAAGAUGACUUUUCAUCGCCUGAUAUAAAGUCGAGUCUUGAAUCCAAUUUAGUAGGAACAUUGAGUUUGAAGCCUGAUCUUGACAAAUCUGAGGAUAAUAGUGGAACAAGUUCUCUUGAUUCUAUGGAUAUUGAACCUUUGUUGGAGAAUUCGAUGCCUGAUGGUUGUCAGGUGGAUGAUAUGCUAGAUUUAGACAUUGAUGUGGACACCCAUGGUCGAAAUGGUGCUAAUAGUGCGUGUGUACAUGUGCCUGUUGUAUCCUCUGAUGUAGAAGUUAAUCCAGUUGUUGAAGAGGUAGAUGACUGUGGACUGCCCAAUGGAUCAAGUGAGGAUGAGAGUACUUCUUUGGUCAAUGCUUCAGAUGGAUACUCUAGAGCUGGAAACAAAGGACAAGAGCUUCUACCUAAAGAAAGUUCGGAUAGUAGGGAAGUCAAAAAUGGAUAUGGUAGUCCCAACGAAGUUAGUGGCCUGAGCUUCUCAACAAGAGAUGUGACAUCGGAGCACCAGCUGGCUGCUGGGAAUGCUUCUCAUAUUUCUGCUGAUGCGCAUUCCUCUACACAAUUAGAUAUUUUAUCUGGAAGUAAAAAGAAGGUUGAUAACUGUUCUGCAGAAAAGUCUCGUGUCAACUCAUUGCAGCAGAAGGAUCAAGUAUCGAUCAAGUGUCGGCAAUUUUUUCGGACAGGGGAACAUCACCAGAAUAUUUCAAGUCAGUCAUUGUCAGACCAUGUUAAAUCUUCCCAUAUUCUCAGGGGUUAUCCACUUUCAGUGUCAACUUCGAAGGAUAUAAAUAGGGAAACCGAUUGCAAUAGCCCAGUUUCACGUCAAAGUGUCUCCAAGUCAGAUGAAAAUUUCUAUUUGGACAGGCAUUUGGAUCUCUCUCUUCAAAAGUGCAAUGGGUCAAGACAUCAAAGUUCAAUUGCCGAGUCCCUAUUUCUAUCCCAAGAACAGACCAGGGUUCAUUCUAGACCCCACUCAGGUAGUUUACUUAAUGUGGAUAAACCUUGCAGGAAUGGUGAUUUAAAAUUGUUUGGUAAAAUUUUAAUCUCCUCCGAAAAAUCAAAUUCUGGUACGCAACGGACUGCUAAUAACAACAUUCAACAUCAUAGAGAAGGAAGCCAGUCAUUGAACUUGAAACGCAAUGGUGACCAGAGGUUCAACUUUGAUUCACCUCAACAGAAGUUUGAUUGUAGUAACAAUCUGGGAUCUGAGAAUAUUCCUGUCAUGAAUUUUGGUUUCUGGGAUGGGAACAGGAUGCAGACUGGGUUCCCUCUGCCAGAUUCUGCUCUGUUGUUGGCAAAGUAUCCUGCUGCAUUUAGUAACUAUGCCAUGUCACAAAAAUUGGAGCCUCCAAGGCUACAUGGAGGUGUCUCUGGUAUCCCAAGCAGAGAACUAAGUAGCAUCAAUGGAGUGGUAGAUUAUCAGGUGUUGUUGAGUCGACGGCAAGUGCAGCCUUUUACCAUAGAUAAGAAGCAGCCACAAGACGUAUUUCUCUCUGAGAUGCAAAGACAAAAUGGCUUUGAUGUUGUCUCAGGUAUGCAAAAGCAAGGUCAAGGGAUGGUCAGAACUAGUGCUGUUAGCAGUGGGGCUUUUGUUGGAGGCCAGUGGACUGGUGUUUCAGAUCCCGUGGCAGCCUUCAAAAUGCACUAUGCUAAAACUGAGCAAUUCAGCGUGCAGGCUGGGAACAUCGUCAGAGAGGAGGACGAUUCAUGGAGAAAUAAAGGGGAUUUAGGCAGCUAA